GCACUGCGACCGCCGCAGUAUUUGACGAGCGGCGAGUGACAGUCAACAUGCAGCUGAAAGACGAAUGGAUCCAGGAGGACGACGUUUACGACAAUCCGUUGCUCCGGUUGACCAUCAACGGGUUGAAAUACUAUGGGAUUUUGCUCUAUAAGAGCCAACCGUUUAAGAAGUUGAACUGCUUUAGGGGAGUUUGCUUCACGGCGUCCAUGCUGGCGUUUAACGUUACGCAGUAUGUCGAUCUCUAUCAGGUGUGGGGAAACAUUGCCGAAAUGACGGCCAAUGCGGCCACUACGCUUCUUUUUACAACAACAAUCGUGAGAAUUCUGCAUUUCUACUGGAAUCGUGCUAGGUUCAACAACGCUAUAAAAGUCGCUGACGAAGGUGUCCAGCAUCUGCUUCGAUUUGGAAAUGCUCCGGAGAAGGAAAUUUUCUGGGACAAUGUUAAAUACAUGAAUCGUUUGACUGCAGCAUUUUGGAUUUGUGCAUUAGUUACGGCCAAUACCAUGUGUGUUUACGCGUUGGUUCAAUAUCAAUCCCUGAAAUCCAUGGAUUCGUUCAACUCAACGGAACCCUUCGACCCGCCCACGAUUUUGCGUUCUUGGUAUCCAACGGACAACAUCGUGGACAGCUUUGCCACCAUUUAUCUCAUACAGUUGUACAUCAUGUAUGUGGGUCAGCUAAUUGUUCCAUGUUGGCAUGUUUUUAUGGUUAGCUUGAUGCUGUACGCUCGAACUGCGUUGAUGGCCCUGAACUACAAGUUGGCUAACCUGGAACAGUAUGCAGUGUCGGGAAUGCGUAGCGGACGGAAAAUCAAGUGCGUCGUAGAUCCUGAAGAGGAACGAUGUAACGUUCGGAAGGAGCUGAUUGUGGAAUGCAUUCAACAGCAGCACAAGAUCUUCGAGUACACUCGGGAAUUGGAAGCCUUGACAAGGGGUGCCAUGUUUAUGGACUUUGUGGUAUUUUCUGUGUUACUUUGCGCACUGCUGUUUGAAGCUUCUUCGACAAACUCAUUUGUGCAAAUAUUUAUAGACAUUUGCUAUAUUAUGACCAUGACCGCUAUGCUGUUCCUCUAUUAUUGGCACGCCAACGAGAUACACUAUCAGGCCAACCUUCUUUCCAGCUCGGCAUUCAUGAACGACUGGUAUAACUAUCCCCGCUCGGUUAACCGCCAUUUGAUCACCUUCAUCUGCUACAGCAACAAACCGCUUGACAUGAAAGCCUACAUUGUUUCGAUGUCACUGGAUACUUUCCUGGCGAUUCUCCGAGCUUCUUACAGCUAUUUCACGAUCCUGAAACAAGCUGCCGGCUAAUUGGCCCCGGCUCCGAAGGAUUCGCACUCGAGCACUGCUGCUAAGUGCAAACUGUUUAUUCAUCAGCGGAGGACCAACAACGAAAAUAACAUCCCACUCAACAGCACUCUCCGGAUUGCAAAAGAACACUGCACACUGUUACUAAUUCAUUUAAUUAAACAAUAGCACCUGUUUUCGCACAAAGUACCAACUCAACAUGACUUAAGUGCACGAUGGGUCAGAAAUCGAGAAUUCAAUGAAUUUUUCAAUAUUAAAAAAAUAUGUGAUUUUAUUCAUGUUUUUCCAGAAUUUCCUAGCAACCAUCUAGA